AAAACAUAUGACGUAGUUAUAAUGCGACAGGAUGUGUUGAAGUUUGUCCAGGGAAAACAGAUACUGUACUAUAUUCUCUAUUGGGAGUGGAAUAUCAGCUGCACAAAUGGCUGCAGUUGAUGAUUUGCAGUUUCAAGAAUUUGACGACGCAGAAAACCUGCUGGCAGCCAACAGAGAUGCCACUACCAUCAGCAUCGGGGAUCCAAGUGGUAACCCCAAAAAACAGAGGAGGGUAGCGGGUGCCACACCACGGGAGGAGGACGAUGAUCUGCUGGGGAAUGAUGACUCUGACAAAACGGAGCUGCUUGCAGGUCAGAAGAAAAGUGCUCCAUUCUGGACAUUUGAAUAUUACCAGACAUUUUUUGAUGUAGAGACUCAUCAGGUACUGGAUAGAAUUAAAGGGUCGAUUCUUCCAUGGCCUGGUAAGAACUUUGUUCGUCUCUACAUCCGCAGCAACCCAGACCUUUAUGGACCCUUCUGGAUCUGCGCCACCCUUGUGUUUGCCAUUGCCAUAAGCGGAAACAUCUCCAGCUUCCUCGUGCACCUGGGCCUACCUCAGUAUCACUACGUGCCUGAAUUCCGGAAAGUGACCAUUGCUGCCACAGCCAUCUACAGCUAUGCCUGGCUCGUUCCUCUUGCCCUCUGGGGUUUCCUUAUGUGGCGGAACAGCAAAGUCAUGAACCUGGUGUCGUACUCCUUCCUGGAGAUCGUCUGUGUCUACGGUUACUCCCUCUUCAUUUAUAUCCCGGCUGCGGUCCUGUGGAUUAUACCCAGUGAACCGGUGAGGUGGAUCUCCAUUGUGAUUGCCAUGUGUCUCUCUGGGUCUGUCCUGGUGAUGACAUUUUGGCCAGCCGUCCGAGAUGACCACCGCAGAAUCGCCAUAGCCACUGUCUCAGCAAUUGCAGUUCUCCACGUCCUGCUGGCUGUUGGUUGUAAGGAGUAUUUCUUCGAUUCGCGAGGAGCUGAACACCCAGCUUCAGCUCCCACGACUGCAAAUAAGAUACCACCAAACACGAAGAAGCAGUAACUGCAAGCAGCUUGUUGAGGUUCUCCUGUUGCCUUAUUACAAAGAAUCAAGUUGCAGUGUAGAUGAAGUCACUGUGAAGUCUGAAUUUCACCACUGCAAGCUCGAGUGAAUUGUCUGAAGAGAGCACACACAGGCUCAUCUUUGUCGCUUCAGGAAAGGAGCACUUGUAAAAUGUAGCUUAUUCCACUUAGCAUUAUUUUAAACAUGCCUUACAGACAUACAUUCGGGUAUAUUGUUACUAAGUAGCUUGUCUUUAACAUGGUAUCUGUAACCAUAAAUCGUGGAGCGUUUAAAUAUUUAUUUGCUCAAGGAAAUUGAUAUGUCUAUCAAAUUAUUUACUCCAAGAAAUUUUAAAUUUUCUCUCUUGUAAUGAUUUCAUUUUGUAAAAUUUGUAGGAACUGUGGUCAGUUCCAUUUCCUUACAAGGUGUGCUGGUAUUUGUUUCCUAUUCCAAUUUCCAGUACCAUUCUGAAAAUAAGAAUGCAAUGCUGUAAUAAUGUAGCUUAUUUGAAUAUGUGAGCACCGCAAGGCAGGUGCUGUUUUUAUUACUAUUUAUGACUGUCUUUUCUUUUUCUGUCUUUUUUUUUAACCAAAAGGUUAGUGGCGCCAUGCUGGACUAAUUUGUUCCUAAUUUCACAUUUUCAGUGUCCAGUAUGAAUAAACUGUCAAGCAAAUAAAAUCAACUCGCUUGAAUAAAGAACAUUUCUUCAUUCUUU